ACGGACCGUCUGAUUUCUGCUAAUGCUGCUAAAAACAAAGAAUUCAUCGACAGGAACGGCAGAAAGGGAUCCGCAGUCGUUGUGAUUGUGACUCAUUCGUGCAGGACGUAAUUCUCAGCGGUCGUGUGGUGUUCGUUCAGUGUUUUGUGCCAACGCCAUGCCAAUCCUGCUAGACGUUAUACCAGUCUAUUGUUCCUGAGCCUCUAUUAAUUUCUGACUUUAUGAUCCUGUAACAGAAGCACGAUGGAAGGCGACACAGUGAAAAUAACAAUGCUCAAUGCGGAUUCAGAGGAUCAGGAAAGUGUGACGUAUCAUGCGAAAACUGGUCGCGUCCAGUCGCCACCUCUGAGCUCCAAGGAUCAACUCGAAUCUCUGAACAACGCUGCUGCUUCUAAUUUAAGUGGUUCUCAAACAAAUCUUUGUAAUGGACAAUCUGCGGCUAUUUCAAGAGGCGGUACCUUACGAAAGGUACCUAACAAUAGCCCAGCCAACAAUUCAAAAAAACCAAAUAUUACAUUAACUCAUUUGUCAAAACGACCUCCUGUAGAUAUUCAAUUUAUAGAUCUGUCAUAUUCUGUGUCCGAGGGCAGAAGAAGGGGAUACAAGACGAUUCUUAAAGGGGUGAAUGGAAAGUUUCGAUCUGGCGAGCUGACGGGUAUCAUGGGGCCUUCAGGAGCGGGCAAAAGUACCCUGAUGAAUAUUUUAGCCGGCUACAAAAUAUCGAAUCUCGAAGGGUCCGUCCUGAUCAACGGCAAAGAACGUAGUCUGCGUAGGUUUAGAAAAAUGUCUUGCUACAUAAUGCAAGAUGACUGUUUGUCGCCCCACCUGACUGUAAAAGAAGCCAUGACAGUAUCUGCCAAUCUCAAAGUUGGCAAAAGUAAGAGUCAUUCAGAGAAGAAAAUAAUUAUUAUGGAAAUUAUAGAGGCUCUAGGAUUGCAAGAUUGUGUAGACACAGCGUCAGCUUGUUUAUCUGGAGGCCAAAGAAAACGACUAUCCAUUGCUCUGGAAUUAGUUAAUAACCCCCCAGUAAUGUUUUUCGAUGAGCCGACUAGCGGCUUAGAUAGUUCUUCAUGUUUUCAGUGUCUGUGUUUACUGAAAUCUCUCGCUAGAGGUGGCAGAACGAUUAUAUGUACCAUUCAUCAGCCCUCGGCUAGGCUUUUUGAAAUGUUUGAUCAUCUGUAUAUGUUAGCAGAAGGCCAGUGCAUUUAUAGAGGACCCGUUAUGAAUCUAGUACCUUUCCUAUCCAGUAUGGGUCUUCAUUGCCCCAGUUACCAUAACCCGGCAGAUUAUGUAAUGGAAGUUGCCUGCGGCGAACAUGGAGACUACGUUCAAAAGCUGGUGGUUGCUGUCAACGCGGGUCGUUGUAGCAGUGCCAUAUCUAAAGCCAUAGAAACAGGAAAGAUAAUCUCCAACGAUAUCGUGAAGCAAAAUACGGCUAUGAAGCCCAACGGCGAAUGCCUCACCUUGCCCAAUGGAUCUGAGAAAGCAGGUGGUCUAGCGUUGCCUACCUGCACUACAUCACUAUUAGACUCAUCGGAAAAUUUGACACCUGAGAAAAACGGAUUUAGUACUUCAGGAUUUUCCCAGUUUCUGAUAUUGUUACGGAGAACGAUGUGUAUAAUAUUCAGGGAUAAAACUUUGACUAGGCUUCGAGUGGUAUCUCAUUUCAUUAUUGGAAUCCUGAUUGGUUCCAUAUACUAUGGAAUAGGUAACGACGCAGCGAAAGUUAUGAGCAACGCUGGCUGCUUAUUCUUCACUGUCAUGUUUAUGAUGUUUACAGCUAUGAUGCCCACAAUUUUAACUUUUCCUCUAGAAAUGUCAGUAUUUGUCAGAGAACAUUUGAAUUAUUGGUACUCUCUUAAGGCAUAUUAUUUUGCGAAAACUUUAGCAGACAUUCCUUUUCAGAUUGUCAUGACAAGCUGUUACAUCGUUGGAGUGUAUUUUAUCACAGAUCAGCCUCUAGAUCCGACCAGAUUUUUUAUGUUUUUGCUGAUAGCAGUGCUGACUGCUUUAGUAUCGCAAAGUUUCGGUUUGUUAAUUGGUGCUGGUUUCAAUAUUGAGAGUGGCGUAUUUUUGGGCCCUAUCUCCACGAUCCCCAUGGUGCUCUUCUCCGGCUUCUUCGCCAACCUAGACGACAUCCCUUACUAUUUAAAAUGGCUGCCCUACAUCAGCUACGUCAAAUACAGCUUCGAAGGCAGCAUGGUGGCCAUCUACGGUUUGAACAGGCCAAAGUUGCAGUGCACCGUCGACUAUUGUCACUUCAAAUACCCCACCGCCUUCCUGAACCAAAUGUCGAUGAAAGGCGACAUGACAACCUAUUUCAUUGACAUAGCGGUGCUGGGGGGUCUGUUUGUAUUUUUGAGGAUCGUCGCGUAUUUUGUGCUUCGAAUAAAACUGUUCCAGAAUCGUUGAACGCUUCGCCAGUUUGUGGUGGGAAAUUGUGAUAGAUGAGAUUUAUUAUCCCUAAUUUAAGUUGUAUUGUGAUUUCGUUUCGUUGGAGAUUUGAUUUUAGAUCUUUAUUAAAACGGUGGUUUUAGUUUAUACAGUGUUAAAAACAAAUAACAUUUUUUCUGCUUUAAAAAUCACGCUAAAUUGUAAAUAUACUUA